GCGUCAAUCACCCAAAACCACGCCCACAUGCGCUAAGCCCCGCCCCGCGGCGGAAGUCUCGCGAGAUCUGCGUGGCGGCGGCGUCGGGAUGUGCGGGGGCUGCGUGGGCACUGAGUACCCGGAGCGGGGCACCACCUGCCUGGAAGGCGGCUCCUUCCUCCUCAAUUUCGUGGGAUGCGCGCAGUGCGGCCGCCGGGACUUCGUGCUGCUCAGCAACCGCGCCGCCGGCCUGCACGGCGGGGACGAGAUCGUCACCUACGACCACCUGUGCAAGAACUGCCACCACUUGAUUGCGCGCCAUGAGUACACCUUCAGCGUGGUGGACGACUACCAGGAGUACACCAUGCUGUGCCUGCUCUGCGGCCGCGCCGAGGACUCCGUCAGCAUCCUCCCCGACGACCCGCGCCAGAUGACCCCGCUCUUCUGAAACCGCCUGGACGUGGCGGACGCCCGACGCCGGAUGCUCCCAUGUGCCCGGGGGUGGCUCAGCCGUGCCCGCUGCCCUGUGGCUCCCAUCCCGGCUGCAGGGACGGGUUGGAGCAUGGCGGCCCGACCCCGCCUUGUGCUGAAGACAUGAAGGGGAGGGGGGCCCAGCACAUCGUCACCCCCAAAACGGGUCCGAAAGGAUGCCGGCCCCGUCCUGCCUCAGGAGCCCGUGUGUGUGGGGCAAUAAAUGUGAUGUGUCGCA